CUAGCAACAUGAGUCUAGAUAAAUCGGCAUCCCAUACUUGAAUAUUCCAGGCGCAAGCUGAAAGCAGAACUUUAUAAAACAUGCCUUCCCGCUCGCGCUUCCACCCGCUACUCCAAUCACAAAUGCAGGGCUGAUCAACUGACCAUCCUGCGUGUACCAAGGGAAUCUUGAUGCAUGCAACAGUGAGAACGGACGGCGUAGAGGCUACCCUAGUGAUGAUAAAUGCUUAAGCGUACCUGCCAUGCGAUCGUAGGACAAUAUUCUUGAGACCGUAAGGCUCAAUGACAACCCCCAAGGGUCGUCCUACAGUUGCAGUAGCUUGUUCCGACAUCAAGCUGACUGAAUGGAGCCCGACCUGGCGCUUAAAUAAAUCAUUGAGGGACGGAGGUUUCCGCCACGAGCAACCAGUGCGUUUGCCAGUCUAUGUUGAGAGCGACCACUUUCUUCUCUAAGAACUCUGAUGCUCUCCUCAAAUCCGUGGUCUCAACUAUCCAAUGCUCACAUGGCUCAAAUGUAGCAUAUUGCGUUCCUGCAAACCUCCCAACCGACCACUUGUCAUCCUUGGUGACUCAUUUAUCGAAGUCGGGUCGCCACACUGCUGGUUGCAUCGCUGCACCGUUUCCUUCGGGACUCGGCCAAUACAGUUGUUCUGUACUCGAGAUGUCCACCAGCAUCUCAUCGCCUUUUGUGUCCAACGUGCCUGGAAGGCCUACGGUGCAAGUGGGCCGAUAUCAUCACAUGCACACCAACCGGCACCAGAAGUCAGAUGAAGCGUGGCAGAGAAAAAUGGACCAGACCUUAUCAGGAAAGCAGGACAGGACUGGGCCGGACGUCACUAGCUAUCUAGAACCAGAUACUUCUGUUCCCCCUGGUUUGAAACAUUUACAGAAUAAAAGGACAAUAUUCUUCUUUACAGACCUUCAGUCGGAAGGAUUGAUAUCUUUAUUGGAUCGCCACUUUCUAAAUUACAAUAAGUUUGGCCUCGUAGCUAGCUCCACUCCAUUCAUCACUGGCCGUCCAGUGACUAUGUUUCGAAAUCUCAAAAUCGUAUCCGAGGGCGCUGUCGGGUUUUCCAUCUCUAAUGAUUCGUAUCUCGUGGCUCAAGGCUGUGAUGGCCUUGAAGCAGUAGGGCCACCUUUCAAAGUAACAGGGACGCAAUCUAACCUCAUUCACUCUCUGAACGACAAGAAUCCAACAGCACUUUUGCUCAAUGAAUUGUCUGUGACGAACUCAAACGCUGUUAACUCCCAUUUUGAUCCCAGAGAUGUCGACUAUAUGGUCGGGGUGCUCACCCCAGACAACACCGUCGUUAGGAUUUCAAGAAUCACUGCGGGGGAUCCUAAACGAGGGGCCUUAUCCUUAGACGCUGAAUCCGCCCCCGCCCUAGGGACACCCGUCCAGUUCUUCAGGAGGCGAAGUGAAGAAGGAUAUGGACAUGCACGAGGUUCGCCUGUCGACAAGAUGACGAAGCAUUCAGUCGUGGGUCCUUCAACGUUGCUUUCCCCGGUGGCGGAAUUGGGCUAUUUCACCGUUGAUGACGAACUGGGUCACACAGCACCCAGUGCUGAUACCGAAUCAAGCGUGACAAUCGUCAAUGACCGUUUUUUCCAUGCAAGCGAGAACGGAUUCUUUUCAAACUUUGAUCCUCUCAGUCCGGACAUAUCCCAACGCAUCUGGAAACAUUCCGUUGCUGGGUCAUGGGCCAGAGUUGGUCUCAUUUCAUGAGGAUGCCCUUCCAUGAUAUCUCCCCUUUAAUCGGGGGUUUAAUCUCCUCAAUGGGGGCCUUCAUA